AUGCCUCGUGGCGGUCCUGGCAAGACGCAAGCUACUUCUUUUUGCAAGAAUAAGGAGUCGGAUGCCAUUUUGCUUUCACGACUCGAGCAGGACAUUCUGAAUGGGCAGAAUGGUGAUAAUAACUUUCAGCCCAUUGUCUUCACUGAUGCUGCUCGUGAUCUCAAGGAUGCUGGCUUUGCAAGCGUGACUGCGGCUCAAUGCAAGACAUGGUGGAGCCGGUUCAAGGACUAUUGCAUAGUGAAGUUCCUGCAUGAACUAUCGGGCUUGUUUGGCAAUCAGAAGAAGAAGUACAAGGACUACAGCAAAUGGUGCCAUACAGCUUUUCCCGAGUACGAACGAAUCGCCGAAAUUACUGGUGUCAAUGACACAACCGGCGAGUUUGCCUCCGCGUCCGAGCUAGAUAACGAGGGUGGGUCCAAUGAGGAUUUGGAUAAUGGCAAGGGUGAUGUAGAGAUGGCAGGCACAUCGCCUGAAGCCAACCUUGUCUUGGACAGUGAUGUUGAUGAGUUGGACGACAAUGAUGCUCUAGUUGGGUUGGGCUCUUCUCAGGACACCAAUACUAUGAGUGCCUUGCAACUCGACAACAUUUCCCCGCUAGCACUACUCCCACCCUUGCUCCCACUGGUGCUGGCACACCUAUGA